UCAAAAAAAAGCUCUGCAUAUCAUAAUGAUCCUUUUUGCUUACCCAUGAGUCCUUUAAAAAAUUUACACGAUGACGACAGAAGUAAGAGAAGCUAGACUUGAUAUCUACCCUACUAACUACGAUGGGCCAGUUCAAGGGUCCAUGGAUCUGCCCAAUGCGCAGCAGAGUCAAAAAAAUGGAGAGCCAGAAUUCAACACCCUGGAUGAACCUAUCAGCACUACAAUUAUGCGAGAUCUCAAAGCUGUUGGUAUCAAAUUCAAACAUGUGUUGCAACCAAAGGAGAAGACAACCUUAUUGAAAGAAUGGGAUUUGUGGGGACCCCUAUUGCUGUGCACUUUCAUGGCUCUGAUGCUGCAAGGGUCCCAAGACAAGGCCAACAAUGAAAAUGAUGGCGGUCCAGAAUUCGCUGAAGUUUUUGUUAUUGUUUGGAUAGGUGCUGCUAUCGUUACAAUAAAUUCUAAACUUCUAGGAGGGAAUAUAUCAUUUCUGCAGAGCGUUUGCAUUCUAGGAUACUGUUUAUUGCCUCUAGCAAUCGCGCUCAUAGCCUGUAGAUGCCUUGUAUUCCUAUUCUCUCCUUCAACAUUCCUUUUCUUCACAAGUUUAUGCAUAUCAAUGUCAGGAUUUUUAUGGGCAACGUAUGCAUCGCUCUUGUUUCUUGGCAACAGUCAGCCAGACGGAAAGAAAGCUCUGGCAGUUUACCCAAUAUUUUUGUUUUAUUUUGUCAUAGCCUGGCUAGUUUUAGCGUCCAAUGUUCAUUAAUUCCAUUGUCUUGCGUUCUUGUGUGAUUUUCUCAUGCUCUCGAUUUUACGUUUGCAAAAGACUUUAAUGUUGUUUUCAUUGUUUUAUUAUUUUUUUAAAACUUGUUUGAUUUGUGAUAACAGUAUACAUGUGCAUAAAGUCCAA